AGAGGAAGCUUCGCCCUCGUCCCAGCUCUGCACGACAGUUUGCUAACCCGUCUCCCUGUACCCGAUAUUCUACCCCACCAAAGCGAUGGAGGUGACGAUGGACCCCUUGUUUCUGGCGUGGAGCUAUUUGAGGAGGCGGAAACUGCAACAGUGUUCAGAUAUUUGCUCAAAAAUACUACAAGACAGCCCGUACGACCAGGCUGCAUGGAGCUUGAAAACCCGUGCUCUGACAGAGAUGGUAUACGUAGACGAGGUUGAGGUCGACCAGGAGGGCAUUGCUGAGAUGAUGCUGGAUGAGAGCUCUAUUGCUCAAGUUGCCCGCCCUGGGACAUCACUGAGGCUCCCUGGAACAAGUCAGGGUGGGGGGCCCACACCAGCUGUCAGGCCUAUGACGCAGUCGGGGCGUCCCAUCACAGGAUUUGUGAGACCCAGCACACAGUCUGGGCGUCCUGGGACAAUGGAGCAGGCCAUCAAAACUCCACGCACUGCCAGCACUGCUCGGCCUGUCACUAGUGCUUCUGGUAGAUUCAUCCGUCUCGGAACAGCUUCAAUGCUAACCAAUCCAGAUGGACCAUUUAUUAACUUGUCAAGACUAAAUCUCGCCAAGUAUUCCAAAAAGCCCAACAUGUCAAGGACGCUGUUUGAGUUCAUCUUCCAUCAUGAAAAUGAUGUGAAAAAUGCUCUAGAUUUGGCUGCACAAGCCACUGAACAUGCUCAGUUCAAAGACUGGUGGUGGAAAGUUCAGCUGGGAAAAUGUUACUACAGGCUCGGUUUGUAUCGAGAAGCAGAAAAACAGUUUCGAUCAGCUCUCAACCACCAAGAAGUGGUGGAUACGUUUCUUUACCUGGCAAAGGUUUACCAGCGCCUUGAUCAACCAAUCACAGCACUCAACCUUUUCAAGCAAGGCCUGGACCACUUCCCUGGUGAGGUCACCCUCUUAACAGGAAUCGCUCGGAUUCAUGAGGAGAUGAACAACAUUUCAUCAGCCACGGAGUACUACAAAGAUGUCCUGAAGCAGGACAACACUCACGUGGAGGCUAUCGCCUGUAUAGGCAGCAAUCACUUCUAUACCGACCAGCCAGAGAUCGCCCUACGGUUCUACAGGCGGCUGCUCCAGAUGGGGGUGUAUAACUGCCAGCUGUACAACAACCUGGGCCUGUGCUGCUUCUAUGCCCAACAGUACGACAUGACUCUGUCCUCGUUUGAGAGGGCCCUGACCCUGGCGAACAAUGAUGAGGAGCAGGCCGAUGUUUGGUACAACAUCGGACAUGUGGGUGUGGGAAUAGGGGACUUGACACUGGCCUACCAGUGUUUUAAACUGGCUUUGGCAUUUAAUAAUGACCAUGCUGAGGCCUACAACAACUUGGCUGUGCUGGAGCUGCGCAAAGGUCGUAUUGAACAGUCUAAAGCCUUCCUCCAGACUGCUGCAUCACUAGCCCCUCACAUGUACGAGCCACACUUCAAUCUCUCCAUUCUCUCUGAAAAGAUUGGAGACCUGCAGAGCAGCUACACCGCAGCCCAAAAAUCAGAGGAUGCGUUUCCCGAGCACGUUGACACUCAGCAGCUUCUCAAGCAACUUCGGCAGCACUUUGCAGUGCUGUGAGCUCAGGAAGAGAGGUUUGACCUGAGUGGUGUUGCUAUGAAAGAUCUGAGAGUCUGCUUCAAAACACAAAGUUAUUAAGAUGCUAAAAGUUUGGCAUGUUAGACAGAAAUGGAAAUCAACAAAAUGGGUAUUAGUGUUUGGAUAUUGUUUAUUUAUUAAACUGUGCAUACAAACCAGAUAUUGUAACUUAUACCUAUAGGACAGUUUUUCCCCCAUUAGAGAUGUUGCACAUUUUCAGAUUUAAAUUUGGAUUUGAUUGACCUCGUUGUAGCACAUUUGUUAAUUUGAUCAACAAGCUGUUUAUACCAACAACGGUGUAUCUUGGGAAAUCCUUUUAACAGCAGCGUGUGAAAAGUCCAUGAUCACAGCCAUUUGGGAAUUGCUAGAACCAAACUGCCCUAUUGGUCCGGUGGUUUGAAUCACAUCUGUGGCAUUAAAGAGCUUUUACAUGCUGCUCUGCAUGAUUUCUACCACGUAUCAAGCGUCAUAUGACUUGUAGGAUUGUAAACUUCAUGUGAAGAUGGAUUUUUUUUCCGAAUAAAAUUGUAAACUAGUGCACAGGUCUUUAUAUAAGUGAUAUAUGUGUACAUAGUAAAGGUAAAGAUUUUAUUUAAUACAAGGAAAUAAGUAGCUUACAUUUUAUAGCUAAUUUUCGUAACUCAGAUGUAUUUUUCAUAUUUGAACCUUCCUUGUUGUUUUGUUGUCUCAACAAAUAUUGACAAGACAAUAAAAAGAACAAUCCAGAAGACGUGUUAAACUCUC